UUUCCUCUUUCUCAGCGCGUCCUCCUCACAAUGGCAGCCGUAACAACCAACGGCGAUGCCGCCGCCAACGCUCUCGACGACAUUAAGCCACCCGCUGGAGUAGUCCUUCCUCCUCGCGAGAUUCGAAACGUUCUUGAAAAGACAGCCGGCUAUGUAGCGCGAAACGGCGCCGUCUUCGAAGAUCGCAUUCGCGAAAAGGAACGAUCAAACCCGAAAUUCAGCUUUCUCAACCCUUCCGAUGCCUACCAUCCCUUCUACCAAUGGCGACUAGAUGAGGUCAAGAGUGGACGUGGUACAGCGAUCGCUGCUGGUCGCGUGGGCGAACCCGCGGCCGAGGCUCCCAAGCCUCAGGGACCCCCGAAGCCUGCCGAUUACCUGUUCUCCGCGCGAACGCCUCGCAUCAACCGAAAGGAUCUGGAUGUGAUUCAACUAUCGGCUCUCUUUGUAGCAAAGAAUGGACGACAGUUUAUGACACAGUUGGCUCAGCGCGAAGCUGGUAACCCGCAAUUCGGCUUCCUCAUCCCUAACCACACUCUCCACAACUUCUUCCAGCAUAUUAUCGACCAAACGCAACUUUAUUACGUGCAAGCGGCCUCGGCGGAGACAAUCACUUUCAACGAGGCUGAUGAGCACGCCAACCUCCCACCUCCCACCAACCUGUCCGAUCUUCAGUACGCUUCGCUCGAAGACCGCAACAAUGCGUCCAUCAGCGCCAGCCUUAGAAUUGAGGAAGCAAUGCCUGACGAGGACACGACCUACAACGCAUACCCCAAUCAACCCGCCCCCUAUCCCAUCGCCCCUCAACAGCCAGCCUACCAACCCGCACAAAUGCCACCUCCUGUGCAGCCGUACUCCCCUGUUCCACAAGCGCAACCACAGCAACCGCAGCGAUCAGCCCAAGAGGAAGAAGAGGAGCGCCGUAUUCAGGAGCGUGCAGAGCAGCAAGCACGAAAGCAACAGGCUACUGCUGAAGCACGUGGCGGUGCUCCUCCGAUGAAGAUCAAGGAGAACUACGUACCUCGUGCCGCACAGAAGGCUGCCAACAGACAGGGUGCCCAGACAGCGCUAUGCCCCAACUGUAAACAGCAAAUCCCUAUGAAUGAGCUUGAGGCUCACAUGCGAAUCGAACUUCUCGAUCCUCGCUGGAAGGAACAGAAGGCCAAGGCGGACACACGCUACGCAUCCUCCAACACGAUACAUGUCGAUGUCGCAAACAACCUCAAGCGACUUGCCAGCCAGCGUAGCGACGUUUUCGAUCCUGUCACUGGACAGGCCAUUUCUGAAGAUGAACUAGCACGCCGAAAGAAGGCUGCCAUCCACAGCUACGAUGGCGCCAUGGAUGCCAAGAGCCAAGCACAGCUGGGUCAUAUGCAGAACGUUAACGUCGAAGAUCAGAUCCGCGCUAUUCACCAAAAGUUCGCUGACAAGAGGUGA